AUGACUAUAGAAUCGUUUCUUAUGAAUGUGCCAAGUAAAUUUGGUCCUGGCACAGAUCCUAGUCAGUACCCGAUUGGAACCGUUAGAAUGGGUCAGGAUAGAAAACUUUACAUUUACAUCCGCACCAUCCCGAUCAAUCAAGUCAUUCUAGAUCCAGUAAACAAGUUGAAGUAUAUCAUUGAAGAGAAACGCUCCAACAACAAUACGCUUUCAAAGGUUGCUUCCCCAUAUUUUGGCGACGAAGAACCACUCGUAUUGGAAGUCAGCGAUGAAAGCUUGAAGAUUGCUAAUCCAAACCGGUUCAAUCCUUCAGUUUUGAUGAAAAACAGGAUUGCAGAGUUGAAAGAUAAAGUUGUACAAUUGAACAAUCAUUUAAGCCCAUCAUCAAAGUACGAGCGAAUCAAGUAUUAUCUUGGAGAUGAAAAGUAG